AUGUCAGAUCAAAACUCGCCCUCGCAGUCGCCGGCGCCGUCGCAAUCCUCUUCCUCCCUUCCUACCUCGAUUCCCACCAUUCGUCCUAAGAAGCAAAAGCCAAACUUCACACGCCCUGCGACCUCAGACCUCCAGUCACGUCUUCAGGCUUUCCUCCCACAAAUGGCAGCCGCGAAUGCUGAGCUCGAGAAGCUUGCGAAAGAAGGUGGCCUCGAGGGCAAGAGGCUUGAGGACGUAGGCGACGGUGAUGAGUACGUCGAGAUGGAGCUUGGCUUGGGUGUCAUGGAGGAAAAGAAAGAGGGAGAAGACAGCAGCAGCGAUGAUAGCUCAGGCGAGAGCUCGGAAGAUAGUAGUGAAGACAGCAGCGAGGAUGAUGAGGAAGAUGACCAGGAGCACAACAAGCAACAGAAAGAAAAGGAGCAAAAGGAGAAGGACAUCCUAGGCCGACUCAUGGGACACAAGCAAGGCAGAGAAAAGGCCGCCGGCAUUCAAGAGGUUGAGUGA